GUAUCUUGCAGAUUGUCGAAAUCAUCGUCAGCCUCCUAGUCCUGGUCUGCGUCGGAGCCUCCCAGGCCUCCGUUUCAGGUUUUAGCUCCAUGGGAGGCUUCGGCUCCUUCAGCCUCAACUCGGCCUACAGCCCCUUCGAAGGGACUGAGCUCAAAGAGGUGAGGGAGUUGGACAUGCAGUACAGCCAGAUGAGAGCGCCCUGCUUGUACGGAGGGGUAGCCUUCAGCCUGACGCUGAUGGCCCUCACCCUCCUCUUCCUCGUUGCCGGAGGGAAGCCGAUCCACCGCCUCUCGGUCCGGUUGCUCGUCGCCGAAUGCGUCUUCGACGUCCUGGCUUGCCUCGGGUACAUCGUGGCCGUCGGCCUCUACCUCCACUUCGUCAUGCAGAUCAAUUCAACCGACGUGUGCAAGCGGAGAGAGAGGGUCUACGCGCGGCAGGGGUACACGUGGAUGAACUGCGACGUGCAAGGGGGAGACGCGGCCGUGGCGCUCUUCGGCCUCGUGGCCGCGUGCCUGUAUCUCCCAAGCGCCGUGGUCUGUAUUCUCAGCAUCCGAAGCGUACGGGAUUUUAAGAGGGAGAUGGCCAAGACUCAGUACAACCCGGAAAGAAACUACGGGGGAGAAGAGCUUCACACUGUCUACAGGAGCCCCGAAAGCGGCCCAUCCGCCAAGACCUUUGCCACGCUGGUGUAGGCCGUGGCAGGGAUCCAAGGGAAACGAUGCAGCAGCCACGUCGGGAACUUUUGGCAUUGGAGAGUAGGAUUGUGCUAGACUAAUUUGGGGUGCAGAGAUGUAUAUAACAUAC